CAGUGGAUUUCCACGGAAAGUUGUGUGAAAGAGAUCAGAACAAAGCAUCGAGCUACACUUGUAGAGGAUUGUUUUACUUUAUGUACGCUCUUCAACCUGAAGCCAGAGGACCCUUGGGACUCUCCAUAUGUGCGUGGGCCUCAGCUGCAUUGUGGCCCGGGCGCUGCUGGCUAUGAAGGGUCCGAGCGUCGCGGGAAACCGCCACCUGCUCGACCUGCUGGAGGCGGCGCUGGUGCGGGAGGCGCACCUCUGGAAGGCCCCCACCUUCAAGGGCAGAUGCGUCCAGGGUGCUGACAUCUCGUUGUCCCAACACCAAGACACGAUCGUGUGGCUGGGGGACAUGAACAGACGCUUCCGCUUCUGUCCGGAGACCUUGGCACUGGGCGUGUGCGUCCUCAACAGGAUGCUGUCCACAGUCAAGGUGCAGCCAAAAUACUUACAAUGUAUCGCUUUUACCUCAUUGGUCCUAGCCGCCAAAAUCAACGAAGAAGAUGAGGUCAUAGGUUCAGUCAGCAACUUGGUUGCAGAGAGCAAAUGCAACUUUUCAACGGCGGAGAUCGUUCGGAUGGAGCGCAUCAUUCUAGACAAGCUGCACUGGGACUUGUACACCUCCACGCCCGUCGACUUCAUUCACAUCGUAAGAUCAUCAUGAGCUAUGUUUGUUUUUUUCGAUUUGGUCCAGACUAUUUUUCUUUGCAGCACAGUUUUUUCACACGCAUACUGUCACAUCUGACGGUGAUUGUUUAAACAGAUUUACCCGCUUUAGCUGAUGAGUCUAAUCUUGCAGUUGUGCAUCCUCAAGAGUUGAUAAUCUCUCCAACCUACAUUCCCUCUAUAAGAAUCAACAGUGUGCUGAUGGGUAGUUAUUAAAGCCAUAACAAAUGAACCUUUUCCCAUCCUGGAAUAAACUAAUGCUCCUUUUCCACUGUAUGGUACCUAACCUGUUCUGCUUUAGUGAUUAUUUUUUCCAUUGCAAAAAAAAAAUAAAAAAAUAGUAC